AUGCGACUCCGCUCGCCUCCAGCCGCCCGGAGCUCCCCGGCGCCGCGGGCAGCGUCCUCCUCCGACGCGGCGGCGCCGGCACCGGGCCAGCCUGGACCUUCGUGCCCUGCUCCCGGGGCCUCGCGCGAGGGGCGCCCCGGGACACCCCCGGAGGAGGAAGAAGAGGCGGCGGCGGAGGCGGAGGAGGAGGAAGAAGAGGUGGCCGCGGACCUCUGGCCUGGGACCAGGACCUCUGGACCUCUGACCUGGCUGCGCUGCUGUCACUUUUCUUUCACGGGGAGGACGCGAGAGCUGCCCAGAGUCAUGGGGGGCUGCGAAGUCCGGGGAUUUCUUUGCCAAUUGGGCUUCUUCUUGCCCCUGCUGACGGCGUGGCCCGGCGACUGCAGUCACGUCUCCAGUAACCAAGUUGUGUUGCUUGAUACAACAACUGUGCUGGGAGAGCUAGGAUGGAAAACAUAUCCAUUAAAUGGGUGGGAUGCCAUCACGGAAAUGGAUGAACACAAUAGGCCUAUUCAUACAUACCAGGUAUGCAAUGUAAUGGAACCAAACCAAAACAAUUGGCUUCGUACAAAUUGGAUCUCUAGAGAUGCAGCUCAGAAAAUCUAUGUGGAAAUGAAGUUCACAUUGAGAGAUUGUAAUAGCAUCCCAUGGGUCUUGGGAACUUGCAAAGAAACUUUUAAUCUGUACUAUGUAGAAUCAGAUGAAUCCCACGGAAUCAAAUUCAAACCAAGCCAGUAUACCAAGAUCGACACAAUUGCAGCGGAUGAAAGUUUUACCCAAAUGGAUUUGGGUGAUCGCAUUCUCAAACUCAACACUGAAAUUCGCGAGGUUGGACCUAUAGAAAGGAAAGGAUUUUAUCUGGCUUUUCAAGACAUUGGGGCAUGCAUUGCUUUGGUAUCUGUUCGUGUUUUCUACAAAAAGUGCCCGUUCACCGUUCGUAACUUAGCCAUGUUCCCCGACACUAUUCCAAGGGUUGACUCUUCCUCUUUGGUUGAAGUAAGAGGCUCUUGUGUGAAGAGUGCAGAAGAGCGGGACACUCCUAAACUAUAUUGUGGAGCUGACGGAGAUUGGCUGGUUCCUCUUGGAAGAUGUAUUUGCAGUACAGGAUAUGAAGAAGUUGAGGGUUCUUGCCACGCUUGUAGACCAGGAUUUUACAAAGCAUUUGCUGGGAAUACAAAAUGUUCUAAAUGCCCGCCACACAGUUUAACAUACAUGGAAGCAACUUCUAUCUGUCAGUGUGAAAAGGGUUACUUCAGAGCUGAAAAAGAUCCACCUUCUAUGGCAUGUACCAGGCCACCUUCAGCUCCUAGAAAUGUGAUUUUUAACAUCAAUGAAACAGCUCUUAUUUUGGAAUGGAGCCCACCAAGUGAUACAGGAGGGAGAAAAGAUCUCACAUACAGUGUAAUCUGUAAGAAAUGUGGCUUCGAAACUAACCAGUGUGAGGACUGUGGUGGAGGACUUCGAUUCAUCCCAAGACAUUCUGGCCUAAUCAACAGUUCUGUGAUAGUACUUGACUUUGUGUCUCACGUGAAUUACACUUUUGAAAUAGAAGCAAUGAAUGGAGUUUCUGAGCUGAGUUUUUCUCCCAAGCCAUUCACAGCUAUUACAGUGACCACGGAUCAAGAUGCACCUUCCCUAAUAGGUAUGGUAAGGAAGGACUGGGCAUCCCAAAAUAGCAUUGCCCUAUCAUGGCAAGCACCUGCUUUUUCCAGUGGAGCCAUACUGGACUACGAGAUCAAGUACUAUGAGAAAGCCUACCCACGGAUAGCGCCGGCAUUUGGGCACUACCUGCGGGUAGAAGAACAUGAUCAGCUCACCUAUUCCUCUACGAGGUCCAAGGCCCCAAGUGUCAUCAUCACAGGUCUCAAGCCAGCCACCAAGUACGUAUUUCAUAUACGAGUGAGGACUGCAACCGGAUACAGUGGCUACAGUCAGAAGUUUGAAUUUGAAACAGGGGAUGAAACUUCUGACAUGGCAGCAGAACAGGGACAGAUUCUCGUGAUAGCUACGGCAGCUGUUGGGGGAUUCACUCUCCUCGUCAUCCUUACUUUGUUCUUCUUAAUCACUGGGAGGUGCCAAUGGUACAUAAAGGCAAAAAUGAAAUCAGAAGAGAAGAGGAGAAAUCACAUGCAGAAUGGACAUUUGCGUUUUCCAGGAAUUAAAACUUACAUAGAUCCAGAUACUUAUGAAGACCCAUCCCUAGCAGUUCAUGAAUUUGCAAAAGAAAUUGAUCCCUCAAGAAUUCGCAUUGAGAGAGUCAUUGGAGCAGGUGAAUUUGGAGAAGUCUGUAGUGGGCGUUUGAAGACACCAGGGAAAAGGGAGAUCCCAGUUGCCAUAAAAACUUUGAAAGGAGGCCAUAUGGAUCGGCAAAGAAAAGAUUUUCUGCGAGAAGCUAGUAUCAUGGGUCAGUUUGACCACCCCAAUAUCAUUCGCCUAGAAGGUGUUGUCACAAAAAGAUCCUUCUCAGCCAUUGGAGUGGAGGCGUUUUGCCCGAGCUUCCUGCGGGCAGGAUUUUUAAAUAGCAUCCAGGCCCCAAAUCCAGUGCCAGGGGGAGGAUCUUUACCCCCCAGGAUUCCUGCUGGUAGACCAGUAAUGAUUGUGGUGGAGUAUAUGGAAAAUGGGUCCCUAGACUCCUUUUUACGGAAACAUGACGGCCACUUCACGGUCAUCCAGUUGGUGGGUAUGCUCCGAGGCAUUGCAUCAGGAAUGAAGUAUCUUUCUGAUAUGGGUUAUGUCCAUCGGGAUCUAGCAGCUAGGAAUAUAUUAGUCAACAGCAACCUCGUAUGCAAAGUUUCCGACUUUGGUCUUUCCCGAGUACUCGAAGAUGAUCCAGAAGCUGCUUAUACGACAACUGGUGGGAAAAUUCCCAUCAGAUGGACAGCCCCAGAAGCCAUUGCCUACAGAAAGUUCUCCUCAGCAAGCGAUGCAUGGAGCUAUGGCAUUGUCAUGUGGGAGGUCAUGUCUUACGGAGAGAGACCUUAUUGGGAAAUGUCAAACCAAGAUGUCAUUCUGUCCAUUGAAGAAGGGUAUAGACUUCCAGCUCCCAUGGGCUGUCCAGCGUCUCUACAUCAGCUGAUGCUCCAUUGCUGGCAGAAAGAGAGAAAUCACAGACCGAAAUUUACUGACAUUGUCAGCUUCCUUGACAAACUGAUCCGCAAUCCCAGUGCCCUUCACACCCUGGUGGAGGACAUCCUUGUGGUGAACGGACUCCACAGCCAGUGCCCAUCCACAGAGCUCUCCAACUGCUCCAUGGCCGUCGAAGCGGGCAGAAUGCCAGAAUCCCCUGGUGAAGUUCCUGAGUAUCCCUUGUUUGUCACUGUUGGUGACUGGCUGGAUUCCAUAAAGAUGGGGCAAUAUAAGAAUAACUUCUUGGCAGCAGGGUUUACAACUUUUGACUUGAUUUCAAGAAUGAGCAUUGAUGACAUUAGAAGAAUUGGAGUCAUACUCAUUGGACACCAGAGACGAAUAGUGAGCAGUAUACAGACUUUACGUUUACACAUGAUGCACAUACAGGAGAAAGGAUUUCAUGUAUGAAAGAACUACAAGUACCUGUGUCUUGUGCCUCAGCAUUUCUAAAAUGAAAGAUAUCCUCUCUACUACCCUUUCUUCAGAUUUUUCAGACAUCACUUCACAAACUGCAAUCUCCUGUCCUUCAGACUAUGGGCACACACCUUUUGUUUAUGCUUCCAACCUGAAUUUUAAAAUCAUGCUUUAUAUUUCCUCUCUGAAUGAUGUAGGGGGAACAAAGACCCUGGCCCAGUGCAGAUUAUUACUGCACAAUGGUAAAUAACUCAGCAUGGAUGUGUAACUUUAUAUAACGGUCUUUGGGAAGCGUUCACAGAUUUGACCCAGAGGAAUUUGCCCAAGUAUAGCAUCUUUGACUUCAGAAUAU